AUGAGGGAUAUUCACCGUUAUUAUCAUAUUCGUGAUGUGGGAAUACCAGUACAGCAAUCAAAUUCUACUAUUGUUACAAAAUUUGUUGAAACCUUGUUGAUAAUGUGGAAUAUUUUAUUGUUACUCUCAACUCCUGAGAAUAAUAUUUGCUGUGAGCAAAGUUUAAUACAAGGAAAAUGCCAAGAAAUUUCCGUCACGAAUCCUGACGAUCGACAAAAAGAAAAAUGCCAAGGGAGCGAGCCUACAAAUCAUAACAUUCACGUAACUGAGGAGCCUGAUGAGAUUGAGCCCACUAAAAGACAGUGUAUAGUGCAAGGAUUAACAAAACAAUUACUCAGUAGCAACCCUAUUGUACCACCCGUUUCCUCUGAGAUUAUGGAGCAUGAAGAAAUCUUAGCUUGGUAUUAUUACUCGGACGAUUUUGAAAAUAAAGUUAUCGAAAUUUGCUGUGAGUUAGGGGUUACAGAUAAAACUGCUAGAAUGCAAUUAUACAAAGAAAUGUUAAAACAUCUACCUGGUAUUACAUCAGGAAACUUGCAUACGAAAGCCAACGUUAGUAUACCAUCCAUAUCUCAACCGAAAAAAGCCUUACUGGAAACCCAG